AUGGCGGACCCCACCGAUCUGAAUCUCGACGCGCCUAGCGAUCUUCAAGAUAUCCCAGAUAUGUCCAUGCAGCUUGUGCCUCCUCCAGAAGGAACAUACCCCGAUAAAGCUACUCUUCUUGCUGCAGUGCAAGCUCACAGCAAAGCACAUGGAUACAAUGUUGUGGUCAAGUCAUCCAGUACUCCUACCGAGAAGAAGCCCGGACGUACAGCUAAAGUGUGGCUCCGGUGCGAUCGGGGAGGCCAUUAUCGGCCCCGAAACGGGCUCACAGAGGAGACGAGAAAGCGGCGACGAACGUCUCGAUUGAUGGACUGUCCAUUUAUGCUGGUAGCAGCUGGUACUCCUGGUAUCUGGACGUUGACAGUGUUAAAUCCAACUCACAAUCAUGGGCCUGUUGUCGAGAAGCCGCGACCAGUACCGCAGCAUAAGGUUCGAAAGGGCCAGAUUCCAGCAGUUCCCUAUGAUUGGCCGCAUGAUGCGACUCUAACACCAUAUACAACUGCUUUAGCCAUCGUCGAUAUGCAAAAGGACUUUUGUUCGCCUGGCGGGUACAUGGAAUACCAAGGUUACGACAUUUCAGCAGCGCAGAGUCUCAUACCCAAACUGCAGCAGGUACUGAAUACAUUCCGUACUGCUGGAUUUCCUGUUUACCACACUCGUGAAGGUCAUCGGCCUGAUCUGUCAACUCUCUCAAAUAGAGAGGCGUUUCGGUCACGGAACAAUGCAUCCGGCAUGGGAAUUGGCUCCCAAGGGCCGUUGGGGCGUUUGUUGAUACGCGGUGAAGUCGGACACGACAUCGUCGACGAACUGUAUCCGCUGCCUGAGGAGCCGGUCAUCGACAAGCCGGGUAAAAGUGCGUUUUCUUACACCGACUUUGAGCUCCUUCUUCGAAACAAAGGCAUCAAGAAUCUGGUCAUUGCAGGUGUCACCACGGAUGUUUGUGUGUCGACGACGAUGCGGGAGGCGAACGACAAAGGCUUCGACUGCGUCGUCCUGGAAGACUGCACUGCGGCGGGCGAGCCGUCCCUCCAUGUAAGUACGCUCGAAUCCGUCAAGAUGGAAGGCGGCAUUUUUGGCGCCGUCGCCAAAGCGGACGACGUGAUCCAUGCAGUGGAGAAUUUCAAAAACAGCACUGUGAAAAAGCUGGCCCCUCAAAUGACGGCGACGGCAUGA